GGGCGGGGCGCCGAGGAUCACGAGUGCGCGAGCGCGGGCGGCCAGCUGAGCUGCGGCCCCGACUCUUCUCCGCGGGUGCGCGGCCAUGCCACGGAAAUGGAUCCUCUCUCUGCUUCUGGUGCCGCUCCUGCUCGGCCCAGGCCUCGUGCACAGCUCCAGCCCUCUGCCCCUGGUCCUCAACACUUGGCCUUUUAGGAAUGCAACCGAAGCAGCGUGGAGGACAUUAGCAUCUGGAGGUUCUACCCUGGAUGCAGUUGAGCAGGGCUGUGCCGUGUGUGAGAGGGAGCAGUGUGACGGCACUGUGGGCUUUGGAGGGAGUCCCGAUGAGCUUGGAGAAACCACACUGGACGCCAUGAUCAUGGACGGCACUACUAUGAACGUAGGAGCGGUAGGAGAUCUCAGGCGAAUUAAAAACGCAAUCGGUGUGGCUCGGAAAGUGCUAGAACAUACAGCACACACGCUGUUAGUGGGAGAGUCAGCCACCAAGUUUGCUGAAAGUAUGGGGUUUAUCAGUGAGGACUUAUCUACCAAUACUUCUCGAGCCCUUCAUUCAGAUUGGCUUGCUCGGAAUUGCCAGCCAAAUUACUGGAGGAAUGUUGUACCAGAUGCUUCAAAAUACUGUGGACCUUACAAACCACCUAGUAUCUUAAAGCAAGAAGGUCCUUCCCAUAAAGAAACAGGAAAUAACCACGGUCAUGAUACAAUUGGCAUGGUUGUAGUCCAUAAGAUGGGACGUACUGCUGCUGGUACAUCUACAAACGGUUUAAAAUUCAAAAUACCUGGUCGAGUAGGAGAUUCGCCAAUACCUGGAGCUGGUGCCUACGCGGAUGACAGCGCGGGAACGGCUGCAGCCACUGGCGAUGGGGAUAUACUGAUGCGUUUUCUACCCAGCUACCAAGCUGUAGAAUAUAUGAGAAGAGGAGAAGAUCCAACCAUAGCUUGCCAGAAAGUGAUUUCCAGAAUUCAGAAGUAUUUUCCAAACUUCUUUGGGGCUGUUAUAUGUGCCAAUGUGACUGGAAGUUAUGGUGCUGCUUGCGGUAAACUUCCCACAUUUACUCAGUUCAGUUUCAUGGUUUAUAAUUCUCUAAAAAAUCAGCCAACUGAAGAAAAAGUAGACUGCAUCUAAUCCAUCUUUUCCGUCCGCAUCUAUGUUUAAAGAGGAAAGAAACAAAGGCUGAAAAGGUUACUCACGGUUGUCGUAUCCUAUGCCUCAUGCAUUCUACCUUCUUUGUAUAAAUCGGCACAAAAAUAAACCUGUGAAGUAGCACUUUCCCUUUCUA